UUUCAAAGUCAGCAACUGCAGCGCUUGGAGACUCGUAGUCAGAGCGUACAGCUAAUAGAGUGUAUUCCAAUAAUCUGCACUAUUGGUGGGAUUUUAAACGACUUUGGCAGCUUAUUUGAUCUGCUUUUAAAGGAGUUCAGGUGAACGGUUACAUUUUAAAGGACAUUUUCAGACCUGGAGCACGGAAGACGCUCCUUCAAAAUGGCUUCAUCACAGUUAACGUUACCAGCAGUUAAAAAAGACGAAAAAGGCAGAAAUAUUCAAGUGGUUGUACGAUGCAGACCCUUCAACACAGUGGAGCGUAAAUCUGCCUCUCAUACAGUUGUUGAAUGUGACCAGAACCGAAAAGAGGUGAUAGUCCGUACUGGAGGCGCCACAGACAAAGCAGCAAGAAAAGCAUACACUUUUGACAUGGUUUUUGGUCCUUCUGCCAAACAAAUUGACGUUUAUAGGAGUGUGGUUUGCCCCAUAUUAGAUGAAGUUAUCAUGGGCUAUAACUGUACUGUCUUUGCAUAUGGACAAACUGGAACAGGGAAAACCUUCACAAUGGAGGGUGAAAGAUCACCCAAUGAGGAGUUUACUUGGGAAGAGGACCCUCUGGCUGGAAUCAUUCCCAGAACUCUUCAUCAGAUCUUCGAGAAACUGACCAAUAAUGGCACAGAGUUCUCUGUGAAGGUUUCUCUGCUGGAAAUCUAUAAUGAGGAACUGUUUGACCUUCUCAGCCCUGCUCCAGAUGUCACCGAGAGACUUCAACUGUUUGAUGAUCCCAGAAAUAAAAGGGGUGUAACCAUUAAAGGUCUGGAGGAGAUCACUGUACACAAUAAGAACGAGGUGUAUCAGAUCCUGGAGAGAGGAGCUGCCAAGAGAAAGACAGCCUCCACGCUCAUGAAUGCUUAUUCCAGUCGAUCUCAUUCGGUGUUCUCUGUGACUAUUCACAUGAAAGAGAUCACACUGGAUGGAGAAGAGCUGGUUAAGAUCGGAAAACUGAACUUGGUGGAUCUUGCGGGUAGUGAGAACAUUGGGCGAUCUGGUGCCGUGGACAAGCGUGCUCGUGAAGCAGGCAACAUAAACCAGUCUCUGCUGACUCUGGGACGUGUAAUCAAGGCUCUUGUGGAGCGAGGGCCUCACGUACCCUACAGAGAGUCCAAACUCACUCGUAUUCUGCAAGACUCAUUGGGAGGACGCACCAAAACCUCCAUUAUCGCCACUGUGUCUCCUGCCUCCAUCAAUCUGGAGGAAACUCUGAGCACUCUGGACUACGCUAACAGGGCCAAGAGUAUCAUGAAUAAGCCAGAGGUCAACCAAAAACUCACCAAGAGAACUCUGAUCAAGGAAUACACCGAGGAGAUUGAGCGACUGAAAAGAGAUUUGGCUGCCACUCGUGACAAACAUGGAGUGUACAUCUCUGUUGAUAACUAUGAGAAUAUGAACAGUAAACUGAUGUCUCAGGAAGAGCAGAUUACGGAGUACACAGACCGGAUCGCUGCUGUGGAGGAGGAGCUCAAAAAGAUUAUGGACUUGUUUACAGACAGUAAGCAGAAAUUGGACCAGUGCACUGAGGACCUGCAGGACAAGAACCGGAGACUGGAGGAGACUCACAAGGACCUAACUGAGACCAGGCACCGCCUCACUCAAGAGGAGUACGUCACUUCACAGCUCCAAAGCAAUGAGUGUCAACUUUACAACACUGCUGACCAGCUGUUGAACACUGCUGAGGUCAGCACACAGGAUGUUAAUGGUCUCCAUGCUAAGCUGCAAAGGAAGAGGGAAGUUGAUCUUCAUAACGGGGAGGUCCAGCAGAGCUUUGCCCAGCGCAUGGAGAACUGCUACAACAGCAUGCAGACCUCACUGCAGGAGCAGAGCCACAAACAUGCUGCUAUGAUUGACUAUUACCGCUCUUCUGUGGGUGAGCUGCUGAAUACAAAUGGAACCGUGUUUAAGGAGACGUUAGGUGCUGUCUGUGAGUCUUACAGCAGUAAACGGUAUUUUGAAGCCCAAAAAGGUGCAUCCAUCCAUCAUAAGUACUCCUCAUGGCUCCAGAGGGAUGAGCACAGACAGCAUUUAGAGGAGAUUUUGGUUUCCCAGGCGGUGCCAGGUAUCAGAUCUGUCAUGGCCAUGAAUGACAAUCUGAAGCAAACCCUUCACAGGUACAACUCUUUGGCUGAGCAGAUGCAGGGUCUGAAAGCAGAGAUGAUGUUGUUUUUUGACUCUUAUGUUGACUCGUUGGCCAGUAUGCGAGAGUGCGCUGUGCAAGGCUUCAACACUCUGCGUGCUGAGCACGACAAGCUCAAGCAACAGAUCAGCCAAGCUGGAAACAACCAUCAGACACGUGUGGCCGAACUGGUUCAGUGUUUGCAGAACCAAAUGAAUCUCUUGGCGGUGGACACUCAGACUGACUUUGAGGGUCUUGCACAGGCAGCAUCUGCCCAGAUUGUUCCACUAGAAACGCUACAGAGCACCAUACAGAGUAAAUGCACUGUGUCUGAGGAGCACACUGUAUCUGUCCGUGCUCGGCUGGGUUCCUCUGUGGAUAGCGUUAUAACUGAGCUGAAUGGAGUGACUGAAGAGGGAGAGAGGACGCUGGAGGAAUGUGCUGGUUACUGCAGACACCUGCAGACAUCAGUGGACUCAUUGGCUGAGUCGGGACUCAAGUGGUGUCACAAAGCCAGAAGUUCAACUGAGAAUAAAGCCCAGGAACAGCUCAUACUCAUCAGGGAGACAGACACAGCUGUGCAAGACCUGCUAAAGUCUGUUGAAGAAAAGGGUGAGAAAGCUGUUAAAGACUGUGAAGCCCGUUUGAGUCACAUGCAGCAGGAAGUAGAAGGAAUCCUGGGUCGUGUGGAAUUGCAGACCGGCAAAGAUGCGGCUACCUUGCAGGAGCACAAAGAGAUCCUCUUCUCCAUCAACACACAGGCACUGGACACAGUACACAACUUCAUCAGCUCUGAGCUGCGGCAAGAUUUACCAACAGGAACGACUCCUCAGCGUAAGGAGUAUGUGUAUCCACGUGUGCUGAACAAGCCGAGGAGUCGAGAGGAGCUGGAAGAUGAGUUCAGAGCUCAGCAGGAGCAGCUUCAGUGUGCACUGAGCCAAUGUGAGACCGUCAUAGAGGCAGAAGAGGAGAAACCUCACGACCAGGACUCUCUGGAGGAUGAAGUCAGUGUUUCUAGUGACGGAAAUGUCACUGAACAGUCAUGCUCUGAUGAGAACCUGAUGUGUUACGAAAACGGAAGGGUUCCCUUUUUCAAGAAGAAAAGCAAGAAGGAAAACUGCAAUAAGUCACUGAACCGUUCAAAGGUGGAGAAUGAAAGCACGUCUACGCCACCACGUUCUAAACUACCACUCAGGUGUCAGAAUUAACAAAUUAUAUUCUGGUUUUUAUUCUUUCCAUGUAUGUCUUAGAGUAUUGUUUUAACUAUACGUGUAUGUCUUUUUAAAUAUGACUUAUCUAUGUAUUUAGCUUUCAUGUGUCUGUUUCCUCAGUCACAGUUCAAUCAUGUUUUAACGUCAGGGUGAUUUCUUUGUUACCUUUUCUGUUAGUUUCAUUAGAGUUUAGAGCUCGUUUAAUUUGUGGUUUUUGUUAAACAUUUGUAUGUUUAAUUUAAAAGC